AUGUCCGAAGUCAAGACCGGCGGCCCCGAGUACGCCUCCUUUUUCGCGGUCAUGGGCGCCUCGGCCGCCAUGAUCUUCAGCGCCUUGGGUGCUGCCUAUGGUACCGCCAAGAGUGGCACCGGCAUCGCGGCCAUGUCUGUCAUGCGACCAGAGCUGAUCAUGAAGUCCAUCAUCCCAGUGGUCAUGGCUGGCAUCAUUGCCAUCUAUGGCCUCGUGGUGGCAGUCCUUAUUGCCAACUCCUUGACUGAAGGCAUUAGUCUCUACAGGAGUUUCCUCCAGCUGGGCGCUGGCCUGAGUGUGGGCCUCAGUGGGCUAGCAGCUGGCUUUGCCAUUGGCAUUGUGGGCGACGCCGGAGUUCGGGGCACUGCCCAGCAGCCCCGACUAUUCGUGGGCAUGAUCUUGAUCCUCAUUUUCGCCGAGGUGCUGGGUCUCUAUGGUCUCAUCGUCGCCCUCAUCCUCUCCACAAAGUAG